GUGGAUGGGGCAUGUGGAUGGUUCCGGCUCCACUCCUGACAGAGCGCUGCGCUGAAAAUGGAUGAUUUAGCUCUCCUUGACCUGUUGGAGUGUCCUGUGUGCUUUGAAAAGCUCGAUGCCACAGCGAAGGUGCUGCCUUGCCAGCACACUUUCUGCAAGCCCUGUCUGCAGAGGAUCCUGAAAUCCCAAAAGGAGCUCAGGUGCCCCGAGUGCAGGACCCUGGUGCUCUGCAGCAUCGAGCAGCUGCCCUCCAACCUGCUCCUCAUUCGUCUCCUGGAUGGAGUCCGGUGUGGACAAAGUGUUACCAGGUUUGGCACAAUCCAGAGGUCGGGGGUCCUGUCCUCCCCUGCCUCCAUCAGGAGAGUUCCCAGAGGGUUGCAGCUUCAUCAGCACCGGCUGGCAACAAAUCCCAGGGUCCACAUGGAAGGGGUCCCACGGGCCAAGGCCCUCUACUCCUACCGGGGACACAACCCCGGGGAGCUGAGGUUCAACAAGGGGGACAUCAUCAUGCUGCUCCGACAGCUUGAUGAGAACUGGUACCUGGGGGAGGUCAACGGAAUCAGCGGCGUUUUCCCAGCCAGCUCUGUGCAAGUCAUCAAGCACCUGCCCCUGCCACCACCCCUCAGCAGAGCUCUCUACAGCUGUGACCUGAGGGGCAGGGACAAGACCGAGGGCAAGGACUGCCUGACGUUUCACAAGCCCAACACCACCGCCCGGCAGCUCCUGCAGACCAGCAAGAGCCACUGGUCCCCGCAGUUCAAGUGCGCGUCCCUCCGGACGGCGUCUCCCAAAGCGAAGGGCGCGGACUCGCCGGCGUUCCCCAAGGUGCCCGACUCCCGGCGGAAGAGCCUGCGGCAGUUCUCCAUCACCACCGCCCUCAACACCCUCAACCGGAUGGUCCACGCGCCCUCCGAGCGGCAGGCGCUGGAGAUCAGCUCCCCCGUGCUGAUCAGCUCCAGCAACCCCACCGUGGCCACCCAGAGCAGCGAGAAAGCCGAGCUGCCCCACGGGACCCCGCUGCAGGUCAGUGCAUCUUACUAUCCUGUGCCAGGGUCAUUGGGGCACUCUGCAGCCAUCGUCACUGUUCCCCACCUGCAACACCACAUAUCAACUUACAUGUGCGUGGCUCUGCAUUCCUACAUGGCUCACAGACCGGAGGAGCUGGAGCUGCAGAAGGGAGAAGGGGUCCGUGUGUUCGGGAAGGAGCAGGACGGCUGGCUGCGGGGCAUGUCCCUUGCCACGGGGAGGGUGGGCAUCUUCCCCAGCAACUACGUCGCUCCCCUCUUCAGGAAAUCUAUUCUCUCCGACUCGAAGAUGCCUUCCCUCUAUGCCUCCUGGACUCUGUCGACCUCCUCACUCUCCUCCCAAGGGAGCAUCUCAGAGAAUGGCCCAAGGCAAAGCAGAGCCUUGAAGCCUGUGCUGCUGCCCAUGCCUGUGCCCUCACCGGGGAGGAGCGUGGCUGGGGGACAGGCAUCGCUGCGGCGUGGACGUGGCAGCACAAGGAAGAACGGAUCCCUGCAGAGGCCGGGGCAGGCAGGGACCCCCAUGCACGUUGCUGGCUCCCUCCGGCGUCCUCCCACGGCGCGGCCCCAGCAGCUCCAGCUUUACCACCAGCCCAGCCCCGCGCCGCACGGCGCGCCCGCAGCCGGCCUGGCUGAGGGAGCAGCGAGGCCAAGCUUCUCCCACGACGCUUCACCAGCACUGUUGGUCAGAGGAGGGGAAAGCAGGACUCCUUCUGUCUGCAGCUCCGUGAUCCUGGACGCCAAAGACCCUCCAUCCAAGAGCGAGGCAGCUCCAAAGCCGCCCGCGUCAGCCCCGCCGUCCAUCCUGGUGAAGCCGGACACCUCCCGCAACGGCGCCGAAAAGCAAGUGAAGACGGUGAGGUUCCAGAACCACAGCCCUCCACCGCCCAAGCGGCACAGCCUGCAGCCCUCGCCCAGCAGGACGGAGCCGGCACCCGCGGCCGAGGUGCCGCUGCCCGAGGCCAGCCCGCCGGGCCCCGAGCUGGCCCUGCUCUGCUCGCCCAGGACCAGCUCCAGCCCCCUGCACCAGCGGCGGGCCCUGCACCCCAAGGCGCUGUCUCUGGACCUCUCCGGGCCACUGACCUUCCCUGUCAGGAAGAACUACAGCAGCAUCUCCGCCAACUGA